AUGGAGGUUCAGGUCCAGAGUCGGCCACUGCCCCCCACCAUCCCGGAGAAUGGGGAGGCCCAGGACCAUGAACCACACCCUGUGGAGUUCAACGGUCAUCGUUAUGCCAAUGGUGGGGAGGCAGAGCUGCCCGUCUCCAAGUCUCAGAGGAGACGCAGCGAUGUCAAAGUCUAUAAGGAGUUCUGUGACUUCUACGCACGCUUGUAAGUCCGGGAACCAUGAUACACACACACUGGGGAGGAGGUGUGUGUAACAGGAUUUAGUGGAUCGUUGGUGUGGAUCUCUGAAAUCACCUGUGUGAUCCAGUGCUGGCAUUAAAUAUCUGUAUAACUUCUGAGUAGUAUACAUUAUUUUGUGGAUUAAACCCACUCAGUUGAUUAAGGGUUUAGAGUUAUCACAAUUGACUGUGGUUGACCUUUGUUUGUAUUGCUUGCUGUUUGGGAUUUUAGGCUGGGUUUCUGUAUAUAUACGUUUGAUUGAUUGAUAAAUGCUUAUUGGAAAUGUUAAGAAUGUGAUUAAUUCUGGUGUUAGGAACAGUUUGAUGAUUGGGAACAAUUCUGGUAUUAGGAACAGUUUGAUGAUUAGGAACAGUUUGAUGAUCUGAACUCUAUAGUGUUAUUUGACAUGAACAGACUAUUGGCUGGUUUUGUGCUACAGUGCAUGGUGCCAUGGUGUGGUAGUAGACAGUGGCUCAGAGACCCUGGGCUAUUUUAGUGUGGGGGGAGUUUGUUAUGCAAAGUGAAAUAUGCUGACAGGCAUGAGAACUCUGUGACAGGAAGGGAUCUAGGAGAUGAGGGCAGGCUAAAUAUAUGUGAGCUUUAUGUUGUGCCCCUGUGAAUAAAUAGUGAGAAUGGGUGUUACUCAUAUUUUGGGGGCCAUUGGGGGUAAUGUUAUUAGCUUUAUAAGUAUAAUCACUGAAAAUAUGUCACACUUGAAGUCUCCAGUCUCAAUGAAAAUGUAUGGAAUGCUAAUCAUUAGCAAGACUAGAAGGAGAGUCACACAGUUUGAGGCUUUGACUUAUUCAGGGAGGUUAAGUCCGAUCCUUAGAUGCCUCAGGUACUCUAGCACAGACCAUACAGUUUCUUUCAACCCUUGGGACAGAACUAAUACUCCAGUAGGUAAAUAAAGCAGAAGCUCUGACUUCUGUCAGUCUCUCAGAUGUGUGAUGACAACCUGGUCCUUUUAUAGACAUGAGCACUAGAGACAACACGGGAGGGUCAGAAGUUCAAAACCCUGUGCAACGUUAUGAUACAUCUGUCUCUCCCUCCCUAUCUCUUUUCCUGUGACACAAACUCACUAAGUUAGUAUCAUGAACAGUGUUUGUGUAGCUACUCUGAAAAAAUAGUUGACCAAGCUACCAAUUACUUCACACUGAAAGAAGUUAAGCUACACUAAAGCUACCCUUAACAAAAAAUAUAGUUGAAUUAACUAAAGCUACUUUGAAAAGGAAGUUCACUACAUCCAAACUACUUUGUGAAAAAGUAUCAUAUCUAAAUCUGAAAUGUCAUAGGCUACAAAUUGCAAGAACAGAUCACUCUAGAGUCAGCUGUUAACAGAAUGUAUAAUUUAGCCAAUUAAACACAAAAACUAUGUUUCAAGAAAGGAAGUUCUUGCCUACUUCACCCAUAUUUUAUUAACAAUUUUGCUAAAAAAGUAGUGUGUAGUUCCAGUAGUUAGCUACACCGCUACAUGGCAAAGAAAGUAAUAAACUACUGAAAAUACUACCAAGAUUUGAAUUUAGUUCAAUUACCACCAAGCUACUACUUCAAUAUGUAUUUAAAUUACUACUUGAACUACAUGUAUUUAACUACUCCACAACACUGAUCAUGAAGUAUUUACCAACCAGCUCAGCACAUCCUUAAUAGUCUUUCUGUCUUCCUGUCUCUGGGGGAAAAUGCUUGAGGCUUUUACAUUUUUUGUCAUUUAGCAGACACUCUUAUCCAGAGCGACUUACAGUUAGUGAAUACAUUUUUAUUUUUUUUAUACUGGCCCCCCAUGGGAAACGAACCCACAACCCUGGCGUUGCAAACGCCAUGCUCUAUCAACUGAGCUACAUCCCUGCCGGCCAUUCCCUCCCCUACCCUGGGCCAAUUGUGCGCCGCCCAUGAGUCUCCCGGUCGCGGCCGGCUGCGACAGAGCCUGGAUUCGAACCAGGAUCUCUAGUGGCACAGUUAGCACUGCGAUGCAGUGCCUUAGACCACUGCGCCACUCAGGAGUUUAGUGUCACUUCUGUCACUUCCUACCAGCAGGGCCAGAACAGGGCUUCUGAGUCCUUCCUUUUGUCUGAUGUCACGCCAGGGUCCUGACAAUAUGGCCUCCAUAUGUACAUAUAUUACAUCAGACAGUGUGAUGAUAGCUGUAGAAUAGCUUGAUGGAACCUCUGCAUUGAUUUCACAUCUUGUGCCAAUACGUUCUGUGUGCUCUGGAAUGUAGUGAGGUACUGUAGUGUUGAUCCUGCUGUAGGAUGUACGGCUACUAGGCUGUAUGAUGAGAGAGGGAGGAAGAUAGACACAAGAUGGACAGAAGAAUAGGAGAAAACGGUGAGGUGUCUAUCUGAGGGGGAGAGCAGUGGUGUGUGUGUGUGUGUGUGUGUGUGUGUGUGUGUGUGUGUGUGUGUGUGUGUGUGUGUGUGUGUGUGUGUGUGUGUGUGAGCAUGAGCGUGUGUGUGUGAGCAUGAGCGUGUGUGUGUGAGCAUGUGUGUGUGUGUGUGUGUGUGUGUGUGAGCAUGUGCGUGUGUGUGUGUCUCCUGGGCACCAUUGGAAUUCUGACCUUUUAAACAAAGCAGCCUGCUUCCUUCCCUCCCUCCUCCACCUCCUCCCUCUUUUUCUCUCUCUUCAUUACAUCAGGUCUGACUAAUAAACAACACACUGUUUGGAGAGACCGCUCCCUGACUGUCUUUGAAAGAACAUUGGUAUCCAUUGACAUGAACGUGGGCUUGAGUUUGUGUGGGACUGGGAGUAGCAGCCCGCCCUGUAGCUCUGAGAUUGGAGAGCGAGAUGCCCUUAUUUGAACUCAUUUUCUAUUUUCUCCUCCCUACACACACAUACUGUACACACAGAGUGUCUCUCACAUACCCUUCACUAUGGCUGCAAGUUCUCAUUUAAACAGUUCAUUUAAACAAUAUUGGCUCCUUUGGGACACACACACACAGGCUAGAGCUGCCGCUUUCAAGGUGCGGGACACUAAUCCGGACGCUUAUAAGAAAUCCCGCUAUGCCCUCAGACGAACCAUCAAACAGGCAAAGCGUCAAUACAGGACUAAGAUUGCAUCCUACUACAUCGGCUCUGACGCUCGUCGGAUGUGGCAGGGCUUGCAAACUAUUACGGACUACAAAGGGAAACCCAGCCUCGAGCUGCCCAAUGACGCGAGCCUACCAGACGGACUAAAUGCCUUUUAUGCUCGCUUCAAGGCAAGCAACACUGAAGCAUGCAUGAGAGCACAAGCUGUUCCGGACGACUAUGUGAUCACGCUCUCCAUAGCCGAUGUGAGCAAGACCUUUAAACAGGUCAACAUUCACAAGGCCGCAGGACCAGACGGAUUACCAGGAUGUGUACUCAGAGCAUGCGCGGGCAAGUGUCUUCACUGACAUUUUCAACCUCUCCCUGACCGAGUCUGUAAUACCUACAUGUUUUAAGCAGACCACCAUAGUCCCUGUGCCCAAGAAAGCGAAGGUAACCUGCCUAAAUGACUACCGCCCCAUAGCACUCACGUCAGUAGCCAUGAAGUGCUUUGAAAGGCUGGUCAUGGCUCACAUCAACACCAUCAUCCCAGAAACCCUAGACCCACUCCAAUUCACGUGCAGCCCCAAAAGAUCCACAGAUGCUGCAAUCUCAAUCGUACUCCACACUGCCCUUUCCCACCUGGACAAAAGGAACACCUAUGUGAGAAUGCUGUUCAUUGACUACAACUCAGCGUUCAACACCAUAGUGCCCACAAAGCUCAUCACUAAGCUAAGGACCCUGGGACUAAACACCUCCCUCUGCAACUGGAUCCUGGACUUCCUGACGGGCCACCCCCAGGUGGUAAGGGUAGGCAACAACACAUCUGCCACUCUGAUCCUCAACACGGGGUCCCCUCAGGCGUGUGUGCUUAGUCCCCUCCUGUACUCCCUGUUCACCCACGACUGCGUGGCCAAGCACGACUCCAACACUAUCAUUACGUUUGCUGACGACACAACGGUGGUAGGCCUGAUCACCGACAACGAUGAGACAGCAUAUAGGGAGGAGGUCAGAGACCUAGCAGUGUGGUGCCAGGACAACAACCUCUCUCUCAACGUGAGCAAGACAAAGGAGAUGAUCGUGGACUACAGGAAAAGGAGGGCCAAACACGCCCCCAUUCACAUCUACGGGGCUGUAGUGGAGCGGGUCAAAAGUUUCAAGUUUUUUGGUGUCCACAUCUCUAACAAACUAUCAUGGUCCAAACACACCAAGAAAGUCGUGAAGAGGGCACGACAACGCCUUUUCCCCCUCAAGAGACUGAAAAGAUUUGGCAUGGGUCCCCAAAUCCUCAAAACAUUCUACAGCUGCACCAUCAAGAGCAUCCUGACCGGUUGCAUCACCGCCUGGUAUGGCAACUGCUCGGCAUCCGACCGUAAGGCGCUACGGAGGGUAGUGCGUACAGCCCAGUACAUCACUGGGGCCAAGCUUCCUGUCAUCCAGGACCUAUAUAUUAGGCGGUGUCAGAGGAAGGCCCAAAAAAUUGUUAAAGACUCCAGUCACCCAAGUCAUAGACUGUUCUCUCUGCUACUGCACGGCAAGUGGUACCGGAGCGCCAAGUCUAGGUCAAAAAGGCUCCUUAACAGCUUCUACCCCAAGCCAUAAGACUGCUGAACAAUUAAUCAAAUAGCCACCCAGACUAUUUGCAUUGACCCCCCCCCCCCCCCCCCCCCCCCCCCCACUUUAUUUUUACACUGCUGCUACUCGCUGUUUAUUAUUUACAUUUACAUUUUAGUCAUUUAGCAUACAGUGGGGAAAAAAAGUAUUUAGUCAGCCACCAAUUGUGCAAGUUCUCCCACUUAAAAAGAUGAGAGAGGCCUGUAAUUUUCAUCAUAGGUACACGUCAACUAUGACAGACAAAUUGAGAUUUUUUUUCUCCAGAAAAUCACAUUGUAGGAUUUGUAAUGAAUUUAUUUGCAAAUUAUGGUGGAAAAUAAGUAUUUGGUCACCUACAAACAAGCAAGAUGUCUUGCUCUCACAGACCUGUAACUUCUUCUUUAAGGGGCUCCUCUGUCCUCCACUCGUUACCUGUAUUAAUGGCACCUGUUUGAACUUGUUAUCAGUAUAAAAGACACCUGUCCACAACCUCAAACAGUCACACUCCAAACUCCACUAUGGCCAAGACCAAAGAGCUGUCAAAGGACACCAGAAACAAAAUUGUAGACCUGCACCAGGCUGGGAAGACUGAAUCUGCAAUAGGUAAGCAGCUUGGUUUGAAGAAAUCAACUGUGGGAGCAAUUAUUAGGAAAUGGAAAACAUACAAGACCACUGAUAAUCUCCCUCAAUCUGGGGCUCCCUGCAAGAUCUCAACCCAUGGGGUCAAAAUGAUCACAAGAACGGUGAGCAAAAAUCCCAGAACCACACGGGGGGACCUAGUGAAUGACCUGCAGAGAGCUGGGACCAAAGUAACAAAGCCUACCAUCAGUAACACACUACGCCGCCAGGGACUCAAAUUCUGCAGUGCCAGACGUGUCCCCCUGCUUAAGCCAGUACAUGUCCAGGCCCGUCUGAAGUUUGCUAGAGUGCAUUUGGAUGAUCCAGAAGAGGAUUGGGAGAAUGUCAUAUGGUCAGAUGAAACCAAAAUAGAACUUUUUGGUAAAAACUCAACUCGUCGUGUUUGGAGGACAAAGAAUGCUGAGUUGCAUUCAAAGAACACCAUACCUACUGUGAAGCAUGGGGGUGGAAACAUCAUGCUUUGGGGCUGUUUUUCUGCAAAGGGACCAGGACGACUGAUCCGUGUAAAGGAAAGAAUGAAUGGGGCCAUGUAUCGUGAGAUUUUGAGUGAAAACCUCCUUCCAUCAGCAAGGGCAUUGAAGAUGAAACGUGGCUGGGUCUUUCAGCAUGACAAUGAUCCCAAACACACCGCCCGGGCAACGAAGGAGUGGCUUCGUAAGAAGCAUUUCAAGGUCCUGGAGUGCCCUAGCCAGUCUCCAGAUCUCAACCCCAUAGAAAAUCUUUGGAGGGAGUUGAAAGUCUGUGUUGCCCAGCGACAGCCCCAAAACAUCACUGCUCUAGAGGAGAUCUGCAUGGAGGAAUGGGCCAAUAUACCAGCAACAGUGUGUGAAAACCUUGUGAAGACUUACAGAAAACGUUUGACCUGUGUCAUUGCCAACAAAGGGUAUAUAACAAAGUAUUGAGAAACUUUUGUUAUUGACCAAAUAUUUAUUUUCCACCAUAAUUUGCAAAUAAAUUCAUAAAAAAUCCUACAAUGUGAUUUUCUGGAUUUUUAUUUCCUCAAUUUGUCUGUCAUAGUUGACGUGUACCUAUGAUGAAAAUUACAGGCCUCUCUCAUCUUUUUAAGUGGGAGAACUUGCACAAUUGGUGGCUGACUAAAUACUUUUUUUCCCCACUGUGUGUAUAUAUAUAUAUAUAUAUAUAUAUAUAUAUAUAUAUAUAUAUAUAUAUAUAUAUAUAUAUAUAUAUCCUGCUCUAUGUGUAUAUAUAUAUAUAUAUCUGCCCUAUGUAUGUAUGAAUGAAAAUGUAUGCACUCUAACUGUAAGUCGCUUUGGAUAAAAGUGUCUCUCUAUGCAUAGUCACUUUACCCCUACCUACAUGUACAAAUUACCCUCGUAUAUAGCCUCAUUAUUGUUAUUUUAUUGUGUUACUUUUUUUAUUUUAUACUUUAGUUUAUUUAGUAAAUAUUUUCUUAACUCGAUUUUCUUUAAACUGCAUUGUUGGUUAAGGACUUGUAAGUAAGCAUUUCACGGUAAGGUCUACACCUGUUGUAUUCAGCGCAUGUGACAAAAACAUUUGAUUUGAUUUGACACACACACACAGUCAGUGUCUAUCUCAGUUGAUAUGUGUUAAUCCAGGAAAGAUGUGAGGGUGCUUCUCCCAUGAAAACAAAACAUUUAGAUUUCCCAGAUUUCCUUUCUGUGUCUGGGGCGGCGCACAAUUGGCCCAGCGUCGUCCAGGGUAGGGGAGGGAAUGGCCGGCAGGGAUGUAGCUCAGUUGGUAGAGCAUGGCGUUUGCAACGCCAGGGUUGUGGGUUCGAUUCCCACGGGGGGCCAGUAUGAAAAAAAUAAUAAUAAUAAUGAAUGCACUCACUAACUGUAAGUCGCUCUGGAUAAGAGCGUCUGCUAAAUGACUAAAAUGUAAAAUGUAAAUGUAAAUGAAGCUAUGAUAGGCCGAGUUGGACCAAAGCACACACCAGAAGGUUCAGUGGGAGCUGACCUGAGAAUCCUUAUGUGUGUACGUGCCUACAGUUGAAGUCGGAAGUUUACAUACACCUUAGCCAAAUACAUUUAAACUAAGUUUUUCACAAUUCCUGACAUUUAAUCCUAGUAGAAAUUCACUGUCUUAGGUCAGUUAGGAUCACUACUUUAUUUUAAGAAUGUGAAGUCAGAAUAAUAUUAGAGAGAAUUAUUUAUUUCAGCUUUUAUUUCUUUCAUCACAUUCCCAGUGGGUCAGAAGUUUACAUACACUCAAUUAGUAUUUGGUAGCGUUGCCUUUCAAUUGUUUAACUUGGGUCAAAUGUUUCGGGUAGCCUUCCACAAGCUUCCCACAAUAAGUUGGGUGAAUUUUGGCCCAUUCCUCCUGACAGAGCUGGUGUAACUGAGUCAGGUUUGUAGGCCUCCUUGCUCGCACACGUUUUUUUCAGUUCUGACCACACAUUUUCUGUAGGAAUGAGGUCAGGGCUUUGUGAUGGCCACUCCAAUACCUUGACUUUGUUUUCCUUAAGCCAUUUUGCCACAACUUUGGAAGUAUGCUUGGGGUCAUUGUCCAUUUGGAAGACCCAUUUGCGACCAAGCUUUAACUUCCUGACUGAUGUCUUGAGAUGUUGCUUCAAUAUAUCCACAUAAUUUUCCUUCCUCAUGAUGCCAUCUAUUUUGUGAAAUGCACCAGUCCCUCCUGCAACAAAGCACCCCCACAGCCUGAUGCUGCCACCCCCGUGCUUGGUGUUCUUCGGCUUGCAAGCCUUCCCCUUUUUCCUCCAAACAUAACAAUGGUCAUUAUGGCCAAACAGUUCUAUUUUUGUUUCAUCAGACCAGAGGACAUUUCUCCAAAAAGUACGAUCUUUGUCCCCAUGUGCAGUUGCAAACCGUAGUCUGGCUUUUUUUAUGGCGGUUUUGGAGCAGUGGCUUCUUCCUUGCUGAGCGGCCUUUCAGGUUAUGUCGAUAUAGGACUCGUUUUACUGUGGAUAUAGAUACUUUUGUACCUGUUUCCUCCAGCAUCUUCACAAGGUCCUUUGCUGUUGUUCUGGGAUUGAUUUGCACUUUUCACACCAAAGUACGCUCAUCUCUAGGAGACAGAACGCAUCUCCUUCCUGAGCGGUAUCUGGAGAAUCAGCAAACUGGCUCUAACCAGAAUAGAAAGAGGAGUGGGAGGCCCCGGUGCACGCGUGUCCUUCCUGAGUGGUAUGACGGCUGCGUGGUCCCAUGGUGUUUAUACUUGCGUAUUUGUACAGAUGAACGUGGUACCUUCAGGCAUUUGGAAAUUGCUCCCAAGGAUGAACCAGACUUGUGUAGGUCUACAAUUUUCUUUCUGAGGUCUUGGCUGAUUUCUUUUGAUUUUCCCAUGAUGUCAAGCAAAGAGGCACUGAGUUUGAAGGUAUGCCUUGAAAUACAUCCACAGGUACACCUCCAAUUGACUCAAAUGAUGUCAAUUAGCCUAUCAGAAGCUUCUAAAGCCAUGACAUCAUUUUCUGCAAUUUUCCAAGCUGUUUAAAGGCACAGUCAACUUCGUGUAUGUAAUCUUCUGACCCACUGGAAUUGUGAUACAAUGAAUUAUAAGUGAAAUAAUCUGUCUGUAAACAAUUGUUGGAAAAAUGACUUGUGUCAUGCACAAAGUAGAUGUCCUAACCGACUUGCCAAAACUAUAGUUUGUUAACAAGAGAUUUGUGGAGUGUUAGGCUAUGGUUCAACCCAGCACUCAGAGAAACAAACACGACAAAGGGAGUGGAAGAAACAAAAAGAUUUAAUAAAAGUUAAAAUUGUCUUAGUCCAAAAACAACUGAAGUAAAGGAACAGAGUGGGCUAGUCGGCUCCGGAGGAAGGAGAGGCUGAGGCAGGCAGGCAGGCAGGCAGGCAGGCAGACCGACAGGCAGGAAGGCAGGCAGGUUGGGAGGUAUGUCCGAAACUAAAGACAAAACAACGACAGGUUAAGGAGUGUGGAGAGCCAGGCUGAAGACAAAGACAAAAUAACUUUACUGGUGAGCCAAGUUACCGCUCUGGUAAGAACAACGAUCUGGCGCCGGUGGAGAGCCAUGCCCAGGAAUAAGUAGUGCAGGUUGAUGAGAGAAUAGGAUGCAGCUGCGUAGGCAGGAAUCACUGGAAACAACCCGCAGCUGCACAGGAGAGGCAGAUCCUGAGCACGCCCCCUGCUCCACUCCAGACACACCCACAUAAAGGGGACAAACACACAUACAGAUACAACAGAAAAAGAGGGGACAAAACAAGGAGGAAGGGAAACAGAAAAGGGAGAGACAAGCUGCCCACAUAACAGUACCCCCCCCUCAAUGGUCGCCACCUGGCGACCCACCAGGCCUGUCAGGGUUGUCGUGAUGGAAGUCCGUGAUCAGCUGAGGAUCCAACACAAAACGCUUAGGGACCCAAGACCUCUCCUCUGGUCCAUAACCUUCCCAAUCGACUAGGUAUUGGAGACCCCUACCCCGCCUCCGAGAGUCCAGGAGCCUACUGACGGUGUAGGCCGGAUGGUCGUCAAUGAGGCGAACAGGUGGAGGUGGAUCAGCCGGCGGACACAAAAGGCUGGAGGACACAGGUUUCAGUUGGGAGACGUGGAAGGUAGGGUGUAUCUUCAUGGCUGAAGGCAACUUCAAACGAACCGCAGCGGGGUUAAUGAUGGACUCCACCACAAACGGACCCAGGUACCGAGGAGACAGCUUGCGUGAUUUGGUACGAAGAGGUACGUUCUUAGAUGACAGCCAAACCUCUUGACCAGGAUGAAACACAGGUGCGGGAGUCCUGCUCCUAUCCGCUGUUGUCUUGUUCCUGUCGGUGGUCCGAAGCAAUGCUUCCCGAGCGUCGCUCCACACUCUCUGGCAGCGGCGGAGGUUUCUCCUGAACCGAAGGAACAGCCAAUUCCUUCUCCUGAGCAGGAAAACAGAGGGGGUUGAUAACCCAUGGUAACCUCGAAGGGUGAAAGACCGGUGGCAGAGGCGGUGAGGGAGUUGUGGGCGUACUCUAUCCAGGGCAGAUGUUUGGCCCAGGAUGAUGGAUGUUGAGCAGCCACACAACGAAGGGUUGCUUCGAGGUUUUGAUUGGCUCUUUCUGUUUGACCGUUGGUCUGGGGAUGAAACCCUGAGGACAGACUAACGGAAGCACCCAAAGCAGAACAGAAACCCUUCCAAACACGGGAAGUAAACUGUGGGCCUCUAUCAGAUACGAUGUCCACAGGUAUUCCAUGGGGACGGAAUACAUGUUGGACUAGGAGGUCCGCUGUCUCACUGGCAGACGGUAAUUUUGGUAAUGCUAUAUAGUGGACAGAUUUAGAGAAUCUGUCCACAAUGGUAAGUAUAGUAUCAUUACCUUCAGACUUGGGUAGGCCGGUGACAAAAUCCAUGGCAAUGUGGGACCAGGGACGGCUGGGAACUGGGAGGGGUAGCAGCAGCCCCGAAGGGGACUGAUGGGAGGCUUUGCCCCGAGCACAGGUUGAACAGGCUGCCACAAAAGCCCGAACGUCAGUUUCCAUUGAAGGCCACCAAAAAUGUCUCCUAAGCAGCGUCAACGUGCGUCUCAUCCCAGGGUGACCAGCAAAACGGGAGGUGUGAAUCCACUGCAACACCUGAGACCGGACCGUCUCGGGAACAAAGAGUAGGUUGGGAGGUCCAUCACCCGGUCCCGGGUCCGUGGCAAGUGCAGUCUUCACAAGAGACUCGAUCUCCCACUGAACAGCCGCCACGACGCAUGAGGAAGGCAGGACUGCCUCAGGCUCGCUGGUCUCCGAAGGGUCAGCAAACUGGCGGGACAAAGCAUCUGGUUUAACAUUUCUUGACCCCGGUCUGUAUGUAAGAAUAAAGUUAAACCUACUAAAAAACAGGGCCCAUCUGGCUUGGCGUGAGUUGAGUCUCUUAGUGGCUUGGAUGUAAGCCAAGUUUUUGUGGUCAGUCCAGACCACAAACGGCAGUUCAGCUCCAUCCAGCCAGUGCCGCCAUUCUUCCAGUGCAAGCUUGACCGCCAGCAGUUCCCGGUUUCCAACGUCGUAAUUCCGUUCUGUGGGUGACAAUUUCUUGGAGAAAAAAGCACAGGGGUGAAGCCUUUGGUCAGUGGGGGAGCGCUGGGAGAGGACUGCUCCCACACCUGAGUCCGACGCGUCCACCUCCACAACAAACUGCAGAGAGGUAUUGGGGUGUAUCAACACGGGGGAGGUGGAAAACAGUUCCUUCAAAACCCCUACCCGCCUGCUCCGCCUCAGGGGACCACCGAAAAGGGACUUUAGGAGAUGUGAGUCUUGUAAGGGGUGCCACCACUCUACUAAAACCCUUAAUGAAUCUACGGUAGAAGUUAGCAAAGCCCAAAAAAUCGUUGAAGUUGCUUACGGGUGGUGGGUGUGGGCCAUUCCGUCACUGCCCGGAUCUUCUCGGGGUCCGCCUUCACCUGCCCGCUCUCAAUUAUGAAUCCAAGGAACGAUGUAGACUGUUUGUGGAACUCACACUUCUCUGCUUUGACGUACAGCUUGUUCUCCAAGAGCCGUUGAAGGACUUGACGGACGUGUGACUCAUGCUCCUCGGGUGACUUGGAAAAAACAAGAAUAUCAUCCAGGUAUACAAAGACAAAACGGUUCAAAAAAUCCCUAAGAACAUCGUUCACCAUGGCUUGGAAAACCGCAGGGGCAUUUGAAAGCCCAAAGGGCAUGACCAAAUACUCAAAAUGUCCCAGUGGAGUGUUGAAAGCGGUUUUCCACUCAUCUCCCCUUUCGGAUUCGGACAAGGUGAUAAGCAUUCCUGAGGUCGAGCUUGGAAAACACUGUGGCGCCAUGCAGAGGUUCAAAAGCUGAGUUGAUGAGUGGAAGGGGAUACUUGUUUUUAAACAGUUAUGUUGUUUAAACCCCUGAAAUCGAUACAGGGGCGUAACGACUUGUCCUUCUUUUCCACGAAAAAGAAACCUGCACCCAAAGGAGACGACGAGGGACGGAUUAUGCCCGAGACCAGAGAAUCACCAAUGUACUGCUCCAUUGCCUCUCUUUCCGGUCGGGACAGAUUGUAUAACCGACUAGAGGGCAAGGGAGCACCAGGAAGCAGUUCAAUAGGGCAAUCAUAAGGCCUAUGUGGUGGUAGAGACAGAGCCUUGUCCUUACUGAAAACCUCCGCUAAGUCAUGGUAUUCUUUGGGGACAGAUGACAGAUCAAGAGGAGCUGAGGGAGGAGUUGGGUUACACUUAGUGGGGGGAACCGCUGACCUCAGGCACUCGGAAUGGCAGUUAGUGCUCCAACUGAGAAUGGUGUGACGUGUCCAAUCAAUUUGUGGGUUGUGAAGAGCCAACCAGGGGAAGCCAAGGAUAAGGGAGGUAGCUGAGCCAGACAUAACUCUUAGCUGAAUGCUUUCACAAUGAUUGCCAGAAAUCACUAGGGAAACGGGGGUGGUUUGAUGAGUUUAUCUCCGCGAGGAGGCGCCCAUCAAGGGCUGUGACCCGAAUGGGGGUAGGUAGUGGCUCCAUGGGGAUACGAGCUUGUGUAACGAACUGGUGGCUAAUAAAGUUAUCUUCUGCACCUGAGUCUAUGAGAGCUGAGAGUGGCAGGGAAUGACUCUGGAAACGUAAGGUUACAGGUACUUGUAAUCGGGGAAUGAUGGGUUCAGGAUCUAACUCUGGGCUCGCAAGUAGACCCACCGUUACGAGCGAGCCUUGUCUUUUGGCCGCUUAGGGCAUGUAGCCAGAAUGUGUGUGGCGUCUCCACAGUACAGGCACUCACCCGCCUGGAGGCGCCGUUGCCGCUCAGCUGGAGGUAGUCGAGCUCGACCCACUUGCAUAGGUUCCUCCUCUGUGCUCGGGAUGGAAUCAGGAACAAGAAGCUGCCGACUCCGGAGAGGCGAGACUCGAGUGGUUGAAGGCUGGGGAACUCGUCCUCCUAGAUGUGGCCGAUCGCCUCUCUCCCGACGCCUCUCCCGCAACCGAUUGUCUAGCUUGAUGGACAGGGAAACGAGAGAAUGUAAAUCAUGUGGCUCAUCACGAGCAGCCAGUUCAUCCUUAAUGGCUUCAUUCAAACCGUUUAGAAAUGCUCCUUGAAGUGCCACAUUGUUCCACUUGGAGUCCGCUGCCAACGUCCAGAACUCAAUAGAGUACUCUGCCACACUGUUAGAACCCUGCCUCAAAUUAAAAAGUAUCUUGGAGGAAUUACCCACAUGGUCAGGAUGGUCAAAAACAGUCUUCAAUUUAGCAGAGAAAUCAGCAAAAGUCAAUCCAGUCAAAGUUUGAUCUGAGCACACAGCCUCAGCCCAAACCAGAGCUUUCCCUCUUAACAGCCCCAGAACAUAAUGUACCUUAGAUGAAUCAGUAGAAAACGACAGUGGUCUCUGCCGAAAAAUCAAGUCACACUGAAGCAAAAAUCCCCGGCACUUGUCCAAUUCUCCAUUGAACGGUUCAGGCGACGUGACAGGGGGUUUCCCGACGGAACGAAGCCUGCCUAGUGUCCGAGGAAACAACUUGGGGUGCAUCAAACUGGGGGUCAGAGAGAGAUGGAGAACUGAUAACAGACAAUUUAGAGACGUGUGUAGUUAACUGAGUCACCUGGUUCAGCAGUUGAUGAUUAUCUUCCACAAGAGUCCGAAUCAACUGGUCAUGCUGUCCUAGCAACGUUCCUUGAGCCUGGAUAGCUUGUUGGAAGCUGUCUUUGUUUGCCCCGUGCUGUUUCUCUGUUGGGUCCAUGGCCAGAUCGUUCUGUUAGGCUAUGGUUCAACCCAGCACUCAGAGAAACAAACACGACAAAGGGAGUGGAAGAAACAAAAAGAUUUAAUAAAAGUUAAAAUUGUCUUAGUCCAAAAACAACUGAAGUAAAGGAACAGAGUGGGCUAGUCGGCUCCGGAGGAAGGAGAGGCUGAGGCAGGCAGGCAGGCAGGCAGGCAGGCAGACCGACAGGCAGGAAGGCAGGCAGGUUGGGAGGUAUGUCCGAAACUAAAGACAAAACAACGACAGGUUAAGGAGUGUGGAGAGCCAGGCUGAAGACAAAGACAAAAUAACUUUACUGGUGAGCCAAGUUACCGCUCUGGUAAGAACAACGAUCUGGCGCCGGUGGAGAGCCAUGCCCAGGAAUAAGUAGUGCAGGUUGAUGAGAGAAUAGGAUGCAGCUGCGUAGGCAGGAAUCACUGGAAACAACCCGCAGCUGCACAGGAGAGGCAGAUCCUGAGCACGCCCCCUGCUCCACUCCAGACACACCCACAUAAAGGGGACAAACACACAUACAGAUACAACAGAAAAAGAGGGGACAAAACAAGGAGGAAGGGAAACAGAAAAGGGAGAGACAAGCUGCCCACAUAACAUGGAGUGGUUGAAAAACGAGUUUUUAAUGACUCCAACCUAAGUGUAUGUAAAACUUCCGACUUCAACUGUAUAUGUGUAUGAGGGAAUGUGUCAGCUCUCCUCACUCAUUUCCCCACCCUGAUCUCCAAACCCUGAAUACAUCCUCCAGCUGGGUGUGUUGUGUCAGAGGGAAACUAUAAUUUCUGUACGAUGGGUGAUGAAUGUGCUUCAGCCGUGGUGUGUCUACUGAUAAAACCUUGCCAAUAGGGUUCUACACUGUGUUCAUUGUGACGUUACUUACUCUAUGACCUAUUCUUUCCCUUCUUAGAAAAAAGAAAAAUAAUACUAAUGUAAACUCUCUCGUCUUCCUUCUCUCCACUCUCUCUCCUAUCAGCAACAUGGCCAAUGCCCUGGCCAAUGCGAUGUGUGAGCGCUGUAAAAGUGGCUUUGCCCCAGCGGAGAAGAUCGUCAACAGUAACGGGGAGCUGUACCAUGAGGGGUGCUUCGUUUGUGCUCAGUGCUUCCAACAGUUCCCUGAGGGUCUCUUCUACGAGGUGAUGUUCACUUUGAUUUGUUUUCAAAUUCUUUGUGGGUCUGUGUGAUCUGUGGGAAAUAUUUGUCUCUAAUAUGGUCAUACAUUUGUCAGGAGGUUAGGAAGUGUAGCUCAGUUUCCACCUCAUUUUGUGGGCAGUGGGCACAUAGGUCUGCCUAUGGCGGCCUCUCUCAAUAGCAAGGCUAUGCUCAGUGAGUCUGUACAUAGUCAAGGAUUUUCUUAAUUUAGGGUCAGGCCACUGUGUACUCUCUUUUUAGGGCCAGAUAUCGUUCCAAUUUUCUCUGUUUUUUGGUUGAUUCUUUCCAGUGUGUCAAAUAGUUAUGUUUUUGCUUUCUCAUAAUAUGGUUGGGUCUAAAUGUGUUUCUGUCCUGGGGCUCUGUGGGGUCUGUUUGUGUUUGUGAACAGAGCCCCAUAACCAGCUGGCUGUGGGGACUCGUCUCUAGGUUAAUCUCUCUGUAGGUGAGGGCUUUAUGGUGGAAUGUGUGGGCAUCGCUUCCUUUUAGGUGGUUGUAGAAUUUAACAGCUCUUUUCUGGAUGUUGAUAACUAGCGGGUGUAGUCCUAAUUCUGCUCUGCAUGCAUUGUUUGGGGUUUUGCGUUGUACACAAAGUAUAUUUUUGCAGUACAAUUCUUGAGUGGACCCCAGACCUCACAACCAUCGAGGGCAAUGGGUUCGAUAACUGAUUGAAUUAUUCUUUACCAGAUCCUAAUUGGGAUGUUGAGUUUUAUGUUCCUUUUGAUGGCAUAGAAGGCCCUUCUUUCCUUGUCUCUUAGAUCGUUCACAGCCUUGUGGACAUUACCUGUGGUGUUGAUGUUUAGGUAGGUGUAAUUAUUUUGUGCUCUAGAGCAACAGUGUCUAGAUAGAAUGUGUAUUUGUUGUCUUGGCUACAAGUUGAGUCAAAAGCUUUUUUGAAAUCAACAAAGCAUGAGAAAACGUUGCUUUUGUUUUGUUUGUCAAUAAUGGUGUGCAGGGUGUAUACGUGGUCUGUUGAACGUUAUUUUGGUAAGAAGCCAAUUUGACAUUUGCUCAGGACAUUAUUUUCACUGAGAAAAUGUUGGAGUCUGCUGUUGAUGAUGCUGCAGAGGAUUUUUCAGAGAUUGCUGCAGAUGCAAGGUAAUUAUUGGGGUCAAAUUUGUCUCCACUUUUGUGGAUUGGGAUGAUCAGGCCUUGGUUCCAAAUAUUAGGGAAGAUGCCAGAGAUGAGGAUAAAGUUGAAGAGUUUAAGAAUAGCCCAUUUGAAUUUGUGGUCUGUAUAUUUUAUCAUUUUGUUUAGUAUACCAUCAACACCACAGGCCUUUUUGGGUUGGAGGGUUUGUAUUUUGUCCUGUAGCUCAUCCAAUGUAAUUUGAGAAUGCUGUGGGUUCUGAUAGUGUUUAGUAGCUGAUUCUACGUUUUUGUAAAUUACCAUGUAUAUGUUUUUGCUCUUGUUUUUUUUAUAUACAGUGGGGAGAACAAGUAUUUGAUACACUGCCGAUUUUGCAGGUUUUCCUACUUACAAAGCAUGUAGAGGUCUGUAAUUUUUAUCAUAGGCACACUUCAACUGUGAGAGACGGAAUAUAAAACAAAAAUCCAGAAAAUCACAUUGUAUGAUUUUUAAGUAAUUCAUUUGCAUUUUAUUGCAUGACAUAAGUAUUUGAUACAUCAGAAAAGCAGAACUUAAUAUUUGGUACAGAAACCUUUGUUUGCAAUUACAGAGAUCAUACGUUUCCUGUAGGUCUUGACCAGGUUUGCACACACUGCAGCAGGGAUUUUGGCCCACUCCUCCAUACAGACCUUCUCCAGAUCCUUCAGGUUUUGGGGCUGUCGCUGGGCAAUACGGACUUUCAGCUCCCUCCAAAGAUUUUCUAUUGGGUUCAGGUCUGGAGACUGGCUAGGCCACUCCAGGACCUUGAGAUGCUUCUUACGGAGCCACUCCUUAGUUGCCCUUGCUGUGUGUUUCGGGUCGUUGUCAUGCUGGAAGACCCAGCCACAACCCAUCUUCAAUGCUCUUACUGAAGGAAGGAGGUUGUUGGCCAAGAUCUCGCAAUACAUGGCCCCAUCCAUCCUCCCCUCAAUACGGUGCAGUCGUCCUGUCCCCUUUGCAGAAAAGCAUCCCCAAAGAAUGAUGUUUCCACCUCCAUGCUUCACAGUUGGGAUGGUGUUCUUGGGGUUGUACUCGUCCUUCUUCUUCCUCCAAACACAGCGAGUGGAGUUUAGACGAAAAAGCUCUAUUUUUGUCUCAUCAUGACCUUCUCCCAUUCCUCCUCUGGAUCAUCUAGAUGGUCAUUGGCAAACUUCAGACGGGCCUGGACAUGCGCCGGCUUGAGCAGGGGGACCUUGCGUGCGCUGCAGGAUUUUAAUCCAUGACGGCGUAGUGUGUUACUAAUGGUUUUCUUUGAGACUGUGGUCCCAGCUCUCUUCAGGUCAUUGACCAUGUCCUGCCGUGUAGUUCUGGGCUGAUCCCUCACCUUCCUCAUGAUCAUUGAUGCCCCACGAGGUGAGAUCUUGCAUGGAGCCCCAGACCGAGGAUGAUUGACCGUCAUCUUGAACUUCUUCCAUUUUCUAAUAAUUGCGCCAACAGUUGUUGCCUUCUCACCAAGCUGCUUGCCUAUUGUCCUGUAGCCCAUCCCAGCUUUGUGCAGGUCUACAAUAUUAUCCCUGAUGUCCUUACACAGCUCUCUGGUCUUGGCCAUUGUGGAGAGGUUGGAGUCUGUUUGAUUGAGUGUGUGGACAGGUGUCUUUUAUACAGGUAACGAGUUCAAACAUGUGCAGUUAAUACAGGUAAUGAGUGGAGAACAGGAGGGCUUCUUAAAGAAAAACUAACAGGUCUGUGAGAGCUGGAAUUCUUACUGGUUGGUAGGUGAUCAAAUACUUAUGUCAUGCAAUAAAAUGCAAAUUAAUUAUUUAAAAAUCAUACAAUGUGAUUUUCUGGAUUUUUGUUUUAGAUUCCGUCUCUCACAGUUGAAUUGUACCUAUGAUAAAAAAAUUACAGACCUCUACACGCUUUGUAAGUAGGAAAACCUGCAAGAUCGGCAGUGUAUCAAAUACUUGUUUCACCCCACUGUAUGUCCAAAAAGGUUGGGAGAAGUGGUUUAUCCAUUCUUCCCCCAUUUUGGUAUAGAUAGCUCUUCAUGUUAUUGUUUUGGGUUUUAGUGUGUUUCCACCAUGAGACCUUCUCUCCCUCUCUAUACCAUCAAUCAGACCCGUUACUCCUCUCUCACCUCUUCUACCAUCAGACCUGUCCUCCUCUCUCCCUCUCUACCAUCAAGGACCCUCUCUCUCCUCUCUCCCUCUCUACCAUCAGACCAGCUCUCCUAUCUCACAUAUCUACCAUUCAGACCUUCUCUCCUCUCUCCCUCUCUACCAAUCAGGACCAACUCUCCUCUCUACCUCUCUACCCAUCGACCCAUCUCUUCUCUCUACCCUAUCUACCAAUCCAGCCCCCUCUCCUCCUCUCUCCCUCUCUACCAUCAGACCCAUCUCUCCUCUCUCCCUCUCUACCAAUCCAGACCCUCUUCUCCUCUCUCCCUCCUCUCUCCUAUCUCCUCUCUCUCCCAUCAGACCCUUCUCUCCUCUCUCCCUCUCUACCAUCAGACCUUCUCUCUUCUCUCCCUCUCUCCCUCUCUACCAUCAGACCCUCUCUCCUCUCUCCCAUCAGACCUUCUCUCCUCUCUCCCGCUCUCCCAUCAGACCCUUCUCUCCUCUCUCCCUCUCUACCAUCAGACCCUUCUCUCUUUUCUCCCUCUCUCCCUCUCUACCAUCAGACCCUCUCUCUUCUCUACCAUCAGACCCUCUCUCCUCUAUCCCUCUCUACCAUCAGACCCUCAGGACUGCCGCGCAGAAGAAUUGCUAGGCCGCGCAGGGACGCAAGAGAUUGAACUUCACUGAGUUCACACUAUAUAGAUCAACAUUUUUUCUGUGAUCUAAUCAACAUUAUAUCAACCCCUUUUCAAUGCAACAAACCAAAACAAAUCUAACUUUGCAAGAUUGAGUCUGUGAUUUUGUUGUAGGCAGAGCCAGAGCGCAGUGGAGUAGAAUUCUAUUGGCGGGGGUCAGUGGCGAUUUUAGCAUGUAAAUCUUGGUGGGGCAAACUCAACACACUUUUUUUGUAAGCAUGCCAGCAAAGCCACUACACAACACAACGCAACACUAAGCAAUACAUUAAUUGCACUAUAACGGUGACAAACGGUGCCCACAAACUGUUAGGGCCUACAUAAAGCUGUCCCAACAGCAGAGCUUUCUUUUCAGCACCAUGGAGUAAAUCCUUACCACUGCUACACCUGGCUAUCAGCGGAGCCUUAUCUGGCAGCGAAACUGUUCAUUCAGCCUCAUUUACUGCCUUUUUAAAAAACAUAGCUGAUAUGGCUGACUUGCUUAAACAAAUGUGGUUUCUACUGACAAUUGAGAUGUACAAACUAUGGCAUAAGGGAACAACGAGCGGAUAAGAGGCAAUCCGUAAUUUCCAUUCAGACAUUAAUGAGCGAGCUAAGAUGGACAUUGUCAAUAUAACUAUUUGUUCAGCACUUUUGAAAUGUUCAGCGACAGAAUUCAGAACAUGGGCCAUUCUUAUAGUGUUCUCCAUGUACACCAAGUCAGAACCGUAGGAUAAGUAAAGGGGGCAUAUAAGCAGAUAAUGAAAGCUCUUACAAUAUUAGAUGAUUACAUUUCUCUAAAACAGGCUAUAGGCUACAUGUGCACCACCAAGUCAGAACAGUAGGCUAAGUUGUGAGGGGGAAAUUAUUAGGGUGAGGCACAUGGGCUACUAACAGCUAACUACACAACAUACACUUAGUAUUACUUUCUUAGCUACAGUAUACAUAUCUCCCUGGCAUAUUACAUCAUUUAUGCAGCAGCAUACAAUACAUUUUUGGACUCACCUUGUUGUUCUGUGCUCACUUGAACAGGAAGGUGUGGCGGUGGUCCUUCUUGUGGGCAAAUUUUGUCAUCAAACUUUGUCAUCAAAGUCUGGUAUUCUCUGGAUUUAUGGUGCUUUCAAGACAACUGGGAACUCUGACAAAAACAAGGUCGAAUCCUGACGUCAGUGAUCUUCAGGUCGGAGCUCUAGAAAGAGGCCAGAGUUCCCGACUUGGAUAUCCAAGUUGGAUGACUGUUCAAAAUGUAUUUUCCCAGUCGGAGCUUGUUCCCAGUUGUCUUGAACUCACUGAAGUCUGAGAUUUUCCAGUUGUUUUGAACGCGGCAGAAGUCAUGCUGGAUUGACAGCAUGGCCAAUGUAUUCAACCUUUUUUGGCCCAUGGUGUGUUGCGAGUGAAUGUUUAUCCUUUUAAGCUUGGAAAAGAGACCCUUAAAACCCACACCCUCUCCACUGAAUAGCAGGCUAGUGAUUGCUUUGCAAAGCUUGCAGUUAGCCACUGAUUCCUUCCAAACCACUCAUUGUUAAUGUCCAAUACGUUUUAUUUAUAAUUUCUCUUCAUAUGACAAGGGUUGAAAACGAUUUGCCAGUAGAUUGUCGACUUGAUGAUGAUGACUGCUUGCUAGCUAAGAUGAAAGUAUGAUGUUGACAUGAUCAGUCCAAUCAAAGCUACCGUAGAUAUAACGUGAUUUGACGUUAAUUUAUCUGUGGCCAAUGACCUUGAGCCUUCUUGGAUGGGCACUUCUAAUGUAAAUCUAUGGCAGCACCCAAGGGGCUUGAAUUUUCGAGCUCUCCCCGUAGAUUUUGCGGUGACGUAGUGUCCCCAUGAGUGACAUUGAGCCAAUCACGGCGCAACUAGAGAACAUUACCAACCACUACGCUCCGUAUUUUCCGCUGGCUGCCCCACCGCCACAGAAAGCACUGAGCUAGGCUGAAACACCUGCAUUUUGGAGCUGCCUUACUCAAGAAACCAAAAAAGAGACCAUGUUUGUAUGCGGCUUUAUUAACCCAAUGAUUUUUUUUACAUGCCAAAAUAACAUGCAAAACAGGCAACAACAACAAAAAACAGGUGGGGUUCAAAACGGAUGACGGGUCGCCACUGGUGGGGGUAGCCCACGAGCGGUCUUUCAAUCACCCGUGAGUGAAUGCGCUUUUCAGAUCAGUUCAGAUCAGAGCGUGUGCAUAUUUGUUGAUAUUCUUUGCUAGUUAGCGAGUUAUUAGCCCAGUUAUAGAUAAGUAUAGGUCAGCAAUGGGGAGUUACUACACCCUAUAAGAGCACAAAACAUGUAGGCUUAGGCUACAUUUCAAUCUGUCUUUGAGUCACCUAUCAAUGCAAUUUACAGUCACCUAUUUGGCCCAUGGUGUUACAGGCCAAGUAAAAAAUCAUUAAUGACAAGCCCUUCAUAAUGUAAAAACGUUUUUAAAAGUCUCAUGCAAUGUAGGCCUGCAUUGAACACAACAUAUAGGCUACUGUAGGCUAUAUCAUAUAAAUCAAAAGCUAUUUCCCAUGUGAACAUUUUAUGGGAUUUGCUCCAUUGGUUUUGUUGGUAGGCCUACAUUAUGCUGAAAUAGCCACAAUAGCCUAUUGGCUACUUUCUAAAACUGUAAGGGUACAGCCUCAGUGUUCACUGUAAACAUGCUGGAAGUUGCACAAAAUUCUCACAACGUUCAAGUUUCCGCUCAGUGCCCCAACAAAUUAGAAGGAACAUUUCGUAGUCUGUGUUUCUGAUAUGUUUUCUUUACUGAUUGGUCUUUUGACCAAUCAGAUCUUUAGCCCAUAAUUGUGCAAAGGAUCAGAAUUGUGCUGCCUGUGUAAACGCAGCCUUAUUAUCCAUCUCCCUCUCACCCAUCUCAUCCUAUACAACACUGUCUAGCCUGAAGUAAACCCAAGUCCCUUAUCCUAGAGACAUUUAUUGUGUUAGCCUCCUGGAAUCCGUAGCGGUGGAACUGCCACGUCCAUUUGUGAUAUUACAACAACAAAGACGUUACUUCAAACAAACAGUUUUUUUUCCCUCUGACAUCAUUGUACAUCAUUGCACGUGCGAUAGAACAGCAGACUAUACUACUUUUUUUUAAACCAAGUUGUUAGAUGCUCCUCUCCUCCUUUCAUAAACAAAACAAUAACAAGUGCACCUGGGGCGACCAGUGGCACUCUUUCACCGAAUGCAGAUUCCAGCUUUAAGGGAGAUUUAUUACAACUUUUGCAUACAUGGCCCUCAUGCUGAAAACAUCAACAAAAUAUUUGGUACGUGUGGCAAUAUAAGAAGAUAAGAAGGGUUGAAACACCUUCACCUCCUGUCACAAAUUCCAUAUUGGGUAAAGUGUAUUAACUGGAUCGACUCCUAACCUCACAGCACUCAGCCUAAUGCAUUACUGGCCCAUUAGAAGCUCCCCACUGGGCAAAAACUGGUUGAAUCAACGUUGUUUCCACGUCAUUUCAACAGCAACGAAAACAUUUGAUGGCGUUGAAUCAACGUAGAAAACUGAUUUGAUUUUCAAAAAGUCAUAAAAAAAAAAUGUGCACUCAACAUUCAAUCUAAAUCCAAUGACAAGGUCAAUUUUUUUGUUGAUUUCACGUUGAGUUCAAGUUAGUUGACAACUCAACCAAAUGUAAAUCAAAACUAGACGUCUGUACCCAGUGGGUUGUCUCUGAGUUAUCCCCCUCUCGGUCUCGCUCUGUCUCUGUUUGUCUGGCUUUUUAGGGGCCAGCAGAACAGACAGGAGGCCAGACACUGCUCCAGCUGACCAUAGGGAACCCAGAGCUCUUCCCUGAAAGGGAGAUCAUAGCCACAGACAGAUCUGUAGACGUACAGGUCUAUCUAUGGCUACUGUAUGUUCUAAUCAUUGACUGGUUCUGAUGCUUGUUCACUUCUUCUGCAGUUUGAGGGCAGGAAGUACUGCGAGCAUGACUUCCAGAUGCUGUUUGCUCCCUGCUGCCACCAGUGUGGUGAGUACAGCAACUGCACCUACACAGCAGCAUUAUCAACACUGGUGGUGUUGUCUGAAGCUUAAGGUCAUAUUUGGGCUCCUUUAACCCUGCUUCCCUCACUUUGAGCCCUAGGCACAACUGUGUAGACUUCUAUCGCCAAUUGCUUUCAUGGGCCAAGAGUUUUUUCUUUAGUUAUUUCUCUCUAUAUUAACAGGUGGAUAUGUGUGUUCACGGGGGAUGUUAUAUUGUUGCCAGUGUGUUGUCCCUGACCACCUCCUCCUCCUCCCAGGGGAGUUUAUCAUUGGUCGUGUGAUCAAGGCGAUGAACAACAGCUGGCACCCUGACUGUUUCUGCUGUGACCUCUGCCAGGCUGUGCUUGCUGACGUGGGCUUCGUCAAGAACGCCGGCAGGUCAGUCCAGAGACCUGGACUGGAUCACUGAUCAGCCAUUGCUGAUUUAACACCAUGGGAUAGGGGACAGCAACUUUUCCGCUGCAUAGCUUUUAUAAAGCAAAGAGAAAUCCCACACACUGUUAACACCCUCCCGUAAUUUUAAUGUAGCAACAUUAUUUCAGCCUCUGGGUCAGGCUGAGCUCUCUUUACUAACAUGUAUCUCUCUCCCUCAGACACUUGUGUCGCCCGUGUCAUAACCGUGAGAAAGCCCGUGGUCUGGGGAAGUACAUCUGUCAGAAGUGCCACGCCAUCAUCGAGGAGCAGCCGCUGCUGUUCAAGAACGACCCCUACCACCCCGACCACUUCAACUGCAACAACUGCGGGUACACAUGCAAGAAAUCUAGAAAGAACUCCACAAACCCUAUAUACAACUACUACACAACCAAAACACAAUAUUUAUACAACCUGCAUUCAACCUAAACCCAAUCACUACUAAAUCACCACACAAACGUCACACACCCUCUACAUAAACCUAGUGGUCUAUAUUCAACCACUGCCAAAUCUUUACUCAACUUCUACACAACCGCUAUGCAACCUAUACAUGUACUGUAGCUUAGAGUUCAGGUGGGCCUUCGCUUCAGCAAACAAAGGACAGGAGGGGUGCUCAACAACAAUGACAACAAUCAUGAGAAGGGCUUACCAAGAAAAACUUCCCAAAAGACUAAUUUGUGGUAGAAAGGAGUUGGAGCACUCAACAAAAAAAUAUGUAUUUAUUUUAGCUCACCUUAGUCCAUUGUACAGGAUGGAACAAGUGACUGAAAUUCCGAUGUCAAGCUGAGGUCUUCCUCAGAGUGACCUGACUAUUGUACUUAGGUCCUAUUUAUAGUCCCAUUGAGACACAACAAUGUAAGAAAAUAAUAAUUCUGAUAUGUUUCAAGGUAAAUGGCAAAUUAUAGCACAAAAUACUAAUAAUAAGAAAAAUAAUGUCUCGUUAAUCAAUAGGCCAUGUCAAAAUAUACAUAGAUGAUAUUUGGGUGUCUGUGAAUUUGGAGAAAAAGAGACCCCAAAAAAUCAAGGCAACAACAUUAGAGAAACGAUGACAGUGAAAAACCAUCUUAGCCCCUUAGGAUCCACAGUGUCUAAGGAGUACUGCCAGAAUGCCUCUGUUUUAGUUUACAUAUGAUGUCACCUCCUCUUGGUGAAAUUUGGAAGUGUUCUGUGUGGUGCAUACCUUGGAUUUAUCGAAUGUAUGCGUCAAACUGUAUGCGUAGACGGCUUUACAGAAAUGGCAGCAGAAGGUGAACUUUUGUUGCACACAUAUCCAGAUGAUGCUGCUUACUAUUUUGCGUGCAAUAACACUAUCGGUGUUAUCAAGACAUUACACCUCGAUCUGACCGACAGUAUUAUUGCGUUUUGAUACAACUGAAGUACAUUCAUUUUCAAUGUAACACUGCGUUUGUCUUGCAACAUUGCGUUGCAGAGGCAGUUGCAGUGCUUUCUGUGUGGUGCAUCUGUUGGAUUUAUCCAAUGUAUUCAUGAAAUUGUAUGCUAGACUUGACAGAAAUAGUAGCAAAAUGUGAAUGUUGAACUUUUGUUUCACAUAUGUCCAGUAACAAUUUUGAUGCAAUGGUACUGUCGGUCUGAUCGAAGCGUUAUGUUCUGCAAUUAUGCAUUUCAAUUCUUGUUUAGUUUGACCAACAUAAGCAGCCCUGCAGAUGCAUUUGAGCAUGUAUAUGACAUUUGUGGUGUUACAAUUAAGGAAGCUUUGGAUUUUGUAUUCUUUACCUGUUCUGGGGUGGUAAAAAACGUUAGUAUUGGUCGUGUUGUCACAAUGUACAUAUCUUUACAGGAAUAACCAUUUGUUUUCCAAACAAUGUUUUCCCGCGAUUGUAUUUUGAAAUAAUACGAUAUGCCUGGCUGGGCCUGUAGGCUACUACUGACAGUCGCAACUCAACGAUCAUGUAUUUGGCGCACGCAGCCUUUCCUUCCGACUGCAUUCCGACUGCAAGCAAUGCUCAUGAUCCUUUGUGGCCAAAUCAUGCUUUAGUAGCCUACUUUGAAUGAUUUUAUUUAUUUCUGUAUAGACAGGAGUAGGCUAAUUAGGCUAUAUAAUUUUGGAAAUUAAAUUAAAUGUUCUUUAGGGAAAGCUUGCCCUAGCCUUAUGGACACACCGCCUAUGCUCCCAUCGCUGUACCCCGAAUCUGUUUGGUAGAAACUGCCUGCAUAUUGGAAGUAAUUUGAUGUGAGGGCUUUUUCAGUGAGAGACAGAAUGAAGUUAGAUGGAGGUAAGAUACCCUCCAGUCUAGUGUUGAGAUAGCGAGAGAGCGCUCAUAGGCCUACGGAGGGACUGAACGUCAAGUGUAACCAAUAUGCUUUCGGUGUCGCAUCUAUUGAUUAUCUUAAGCACAUCCCUGGUAUCUCCUAAAAAGGCUGCCAAUGCUGGCACAAAUUUAGAGAUGAAGAAAUCAACAUACUGAGAUAGGGGUUCAAUAGGUCUACUGUUGCCUGACACUAUGGGACGUAAAGGAGGUUUUUCCAUACUUUUGUGUAUUUUCGGUAAGCCAUAAUAAACUGGACAGGCUGGGUGUGACGUAAUGAGAAAAUCCUUCUCUCUUUGCCGGAUCCAAUCCUCUGAAAGAGCGUUAUCAAUGAAGCUAUCUACACUGCUCAAAAAAAUAAAGGGAACACUUAAACAACACAAUGUAACUCCAAGUCAAUCACACUUCUGUGAAAUCAAACUGUCCACUUAGGAAGCAACACUGAUUGACAAUACAUUUCACAUGCUGUUGUGCAAAUGGAAUAGACAACAGGUGGAAAUUAUAGGCAAUUAGCAAGACACCCCCGAUAAAGAAGUGGUUCUGCAGGUGGUGACCACAGACCACUUCUCAGUUCCUAUGCUUCCUGGCUGAUGUUUUGGUCACUUUUGAAUGCUGGCGGUGCUUUCACUCUAGUGGUAGCAUGAGACGGAGUCUACAACCCACACAAGUGUCUCAGGUAGUGCAGCUCAUCCAGGAUGGCACAUCAAUGCGAGCUGUGGCAAGAAGGUUUGCUGUGUCUGUCAGCGUAGUGUCCAGAGCAUGGAGGCGCUACCAGGAGACAGGCCAGUACAUCAGGAGACGUAGAGGAGGCCGUAGGAGGGCAACAACCCAGCAGCAGGACCGCUACCUCCGCCUUUGUGCAAGGAGGAGCAGGAGGAGCACUGCCAGAGCCCUGCAAAAUGACCUCCAGCAGGCCACAAAUGUGCAUGUGUCUGCUCAAAUGGUCAGAAACAGACUCCAUGAGGGUGGUAUGAGGGCCCGACAUCCACAGGUGGGGGUUGUGCUUACAGCCCAACACCGUGCAGGACGUUUGGCAUUUGCCAGAGAACACCAAGAUUGGCAAAUUCGCCACUGGCGCCCUGUGCUCUUCACAGAUGAAAGCAGGUUCACACUGAGCACAUGUGACAGACGUGACAGAGUCUGGAGACGCCGUGGAGAACGUUCUGCUGCCUGCAACAUCCUCCAGCAUGACCGGUUUGGCGGUGGGUCAGUCAUGGUGUGGGGUGGCAUUUCUUUGGGGGGCCGCACAGCCCUCCAUGUGCUCGCCAGAGGUAGCCUGACUGCCAUUAGGUACCGAGAUGAGAUCCUCAGACCCCUUGUGAGACCAUAUGCUGGUGCGGUUGGCCCUGGGUUCCUCCUAAUGCAAGACAAUGCUAGACCUCAUGUGGCUGGAGUGUGUCAGCAGUUCCUGCAAGAGGAAGGCAUUGAUGCUAUGGACUGGCCCGCCCGUUCCCCAGACCUGAAUCCAAUUGAGCACAUCUGGGACAUCAUGUCUCGCUCCAUCCACCAACGCCACGUUGCACCACAGACUGUCCAGGAAUUGGCGGAUGCUUUAGUCCAGGUCUGGGAGGAGUUCCCUCAGGAGACCAUCCGCCACCUCAUCAGGAGCAUGCCCAGGCGUUGUAGGGAGGUCAUACAGGCACGUGGAGGCCACACACACUACUGAGCCUCAUUUUGACUUGUUUUAAGGACAUUACAUCAAAGUUGGAUCAGCCUGUAGUGUGGUUUUCCACUUUAAUUUUGAGGGUGACUCCAAAUCCAGACCUCCAUGGGUUGAUACAUUUGAUUUCCAUUGAUCAUUUUUGUGUGAUUUUGUUGUCAGCACAUUCAACUAUGUAAAGAAAAAAGUAUUUAAUAAGAUUAUUUCAUUCAUUCAGAUCUAGGAUGUGUUGUUUAAGUGUUCCCUUUAUUUUUUUGAGCAGUGUAUAUCCUUUUUAUUCUGUCUGUGGGGUUGGAACGGAGAGGGACAUAACACUUAGUACGGCGGGGAAAAGUAUGAAAAUGUAUGCACUCACUACUGUAAGUCGCUCUAGAUAAGAGAGUCUGCUAAAUAACGUAAAUGUAAAUUAGUGUCAGAGUUGAGCAUAGACCUCACUAUCAUAUUGUUCCCUGCUUAAUAUCACAAUAGACCCUCCCUUAUCAGCAUUUUUUAUCACAAUAUCUGGAUUGUCUUUCAGUUCCUUCAAAGCAUUUUGUUAAUCAUUAAUGAGAUUAGCUUCUUGUUUAGGAGUAUUGUGGGCCAGUUUAGGAAAAUCAUGUUCUAUCAGCCUGCUGUAGGUGAGAACAGAGGGACUCUUUUUGAAAGUCUUUUGUUCUCUCAUAUCAGAAAUACCAGAUGCAUUAUAGUUUCUAAACACUGCAUUGCCAUUCUAAACACGGCUGCUAUUCGUAAUAAAAACACGGACUAUGCUAUUGCGCGCCACUGCAUAGAAGCCAACCAUGGCCCAUCUUCCUCCCUGGGCUUUGUAGCCAUAAACACAUCCACAUUUCACCAAGAGGAGGUGGCAUCGUACGUAAACUAAAACAAAGAGGAAUUCUGGCAAUACUCCUUAGACACUGUGGAUCCUAAGGGUCUAAACAAUGAUUUUUCACUGUCAUCGUUUCUGUUGUUGCCUUGAUUUUUUGGGGUCUCUGUGUCUCCAGAUUCACAGACACCCAAAUAUCAUCUAUGUAUAUUUUGACUUGGCCUAUUGACUAACGAGAUACACUAUUUCUGUUAUUAAUUAAUAUUAUUUUGUGUUAUAAUUUGCCAUUUACCUUGAAACAUAUCAUUAUUAUUUUCUUACAUUGUGUCUCAAUGGGCCACUAGGCUAUACAUUGGAGCUAAGUACAAUGGUCAGGUCAUUUUGAGAAAGACAUCAGCUUGAUGUCAAAACAUCAGUCACCUGUCUGCAUCCUGUACAAUGGAUUAGUGAGCUAAAAUAAAUAAAUCUCUGCUUUUUUUGUUGAGUGCUCCAAGACCUUUCUACCUCGAAUUAGUCCUUUUGGAAGUUUUUCUUGGUAAGCCCUUCUCAUGGACUGUAUAGCCUGUCAGUGGUAAUAAUAAUAAUAAUAAUAUGCCAUUUAGCAGACGCUUUUAUCCAAAGCGACUUACAGUCAUGCGUGCAUAAAUUUUUGUGUAUGGGUGGUCCCGGGGAUCGAACCCACUACCUUGGCGUUACAAGCGCCGUGCUCUACCAGCUAAGCUACAGAGGACCACUGAAAGUGGUAGACACUGAAAUCCUGUAAUACAAUUAGCCAUCUCUACAUAGAGGUGCUAUAGGCAGGGUAUGUUCUCUGUAGCAGGAUGGGACUCCUCAAGGUUGGGUUUAGUAGAGUUUCCCUCUGUACAAGUCAGCCAAAUGAGAGAAGAGAGGGAGGAGGAGGAAGAGAGUAGGGAGAGAGGGACUGACGAUAGAAUAAUGAUUAUCGCAGUAGCUCUUUUAGAUGACAGUUAAAAGCAGUUGAGAGGCACCUCCAACCUAACCAAACCUUUCCCGUAAGACUGCCUGUCCUUAAACAAACCUACAGUUGUCAGCCUGUCCUUGAGUUAGAUGUUGUGAUGAUGAAUAUUCAUUCAGGAAGUAUGCAGACAACUCAUUCCUCUAUGUAACACUGCCACUUGUUUUGUGUUGUGAAUACAGUAGAGUUAUUAUCCCCUAAUAAGGUAGAACUCACCAAGACCAGGAAGCACACUGUUGGCAGGAUGCUAAACAAAACAAGCUCACCCAGCAUCACACACACACCAGAGAACACCACUUUAGACAAGGAGCUGACUCAGUGAUGACUCAUACUAACACAUUUUCAUACACUCUAAAAAAUAAAAGGUUCCUGGAGGAUCCUUUAGGGGUUAUUUGAAGUGAAACUGUGGGGGAACCCCUAUAAGUUCUUUGAAGAACCCUUUAAAGGGUUUUUCAAAUAACCCCUUUUAAUGGAUCCUCAAAGAACCUUUUGAAGAACCUUUUGGGGUUCAUUUUUGAACUACCCCCCUCCCCCCUCCCCUGUUAUUAUUAUUAUUAGUGACAUAUACAGUGGGGGAAAAAAGUAUUUAGUCAGCCACCAAUUGUGCAAGUUCUCCCACUUAAAAAGAUGAGAGAGGCCUGUAAUUUUCAUCAUAGGUACACGUCAACUAUGACAGACAAACUGAGAUUUUUUUUUCCAGAAAAUCACAUUGUAGGAUUUUGUAAUGAAUUUAUUUGCAAAUUAUGGUGGAAAAUAAGUAUUUGGUCAAUAACAAAAGUUUCUCAAUACUUUGUUAUAUACCCUUUGUUGGCAAUGACACAGGUCAAACGUUUUCUGUAAGUCUUCACAAGGUUUUCACACACUGUUGCUGGUAUUUUGGCCCAUUCCUCCAUGCAGAUCUCCUCUAGAGCAGUGAUGUUUUGGGGCUGUCGCUGGGCAACACGGACUUUCCACUCCCUCCAAAGAUUUUCUAUGGGGUUGAGAUCUGGAGACUGGCUAGGCCACUCCAGGACCUUGAAAUGCUUCUUACGAAGCCACUCCUUCGUUGCCCGGGCGGUGUGUUUGGGAUCAUUGUCAUGCUGAAAGACCCAGCCACGUUUCAUCUUCAAUGCCCUUGCUGAUGGAAGGAGGUUUUCACUCAAAAUCUCACGAUACAUGGCCCCAUUCAUUCUUUCCUUUACACGGAUCAGUCGUCCUGGUCCCUUUGCAGAAAAACAGCCCCAAAGCAUGUUGUUUCCACCCCCAUGCUUCACAGUAGAUAUGGUGUUCUUUGGAUGCAACUCAGCAUUCUUUGUCCUCCAAACACGACGAGUUGAGUUUUUACCAAAAAGUUCUAUUUUGGUUUCAUCUGACCAUAUGACAUUCUCCCAAUCCUCUUCUGGAUCAUCCAAAUGCACUCUAGCAAACUUCAGACGGGCCUGGACAUGUACUGGCUUAAGCAGGGGGACACGUCUGGCACUGCAGGAUUUGAGUCCCUGGCGGCGUAGUGUGUUACUGAUGGUAGGCUUUGUUACUUUGGUCCCAGCUCUCUGCAGGUCAUUCACUAGGUCCCCCGUGUGGUUCUGGGAUUUUUGCUCACCGUUCUUGUGAUCAUUUUGACCCCAUGGGUUGAGAUCUUGCAGGGAGCCCCAGAUCGAGGGAGAUUAUCAGUGGUCUUGUAUGUCUUCCAUUUCCUAAUAAUUGCUCCCACAGUUGAUUUCUUCAAACCAAGCUGCUUACCUAUUGUAGAUUCAGUCUUCCCAGCCUGGUGCAGGUCUACAAUUUUGUUUCUGGUGUCCUUUGACAGCUCUUUGGUCUUGGCCAUAGUGGAGCUUGGAGUGUGACUGUUUGAGGUUGUGGACAGGUGUCUUUUAUACUGAUAACAAGUUCAAACAGGUGCCAUUAAUACAGGUAACGAGUGGAGGACAGAGGAGCCUCUUAAAGAAGAAGUUACAGGUCUGUGAGAGCCAGAAAUCUUGCUUGUUUGUAGGUGACCAAAUACUUAUUUUCCACCAUAAUUUGCAAAUAAAUUCAUUAAAAAUCCUACAAUGUGAUUUUCUGGAGAAAAAAAAAAUAAUUCUCUCAAUUUGUCUGUCAUAGUUGACGUGUACCUAUGAUGAAAAUUACAGGCCUCUCUCAUCUUUUUAAGUGGGAGAACUUGCACAAUUGGUGGCUGAUUAAAUACUUUUUUCCCCCACUGUAUAUGCAUAACAAUAACAACAAUAACACAAUAUUUUAGUUCUCAGUGUUUAUUAUGAUUUUAGUGGCAAAGCAGAAUAAAAAAAUCCAAAGAUGAGGUAAACUCCCAGCAGAGCCCCAAGUCCAAUGGGUAUAUCCUCUGGCGUGUUGAUGUUCUCCGUAUCCAUAGCCAGAAUGAUUUUGCAGUGCAUGGUGAUCGAACAGGUUUCCUGUUAUAUUCAUCAGAGGUGUAGGGAGGGUGAAGUAUGUGAAUCCCCAAAAAAUGUAUUAUACAGAUGAUUAACAAAACAUGCACACUACAGUAUUCAUACCUUGGUUUUUGUGGUGAAUGUGAAUGAAAAAAACUGUUUUGAUAAUGGUUAUCAUACACAUACCUUGUCCAUAAUGUAGAGACCUAUGAUAUUUUCAUUGAAGAGGUAAGGGAGGAGGAUGGUACAUGUGAUCUGUAUAACAUACCAAUACCAAUUGACAUACCUUUGUAUGCCUCCUCACAGACACAAAAGUGAGCAGUUCAGUCAUCUGCACCCAAUACAGAUAGCCUUCAACAUAUUCUUAUAGAAUACAUAUUCUUACUUCUUUGUUGAUUGAUAUCCAUUCAUUUGUGCACAAAUAUGAAAAGAUAUAUGGUAUCAGCAUAAAACAAUAUCAAUUUAGAUCGUACAAGGGACAAAUAUUUACAUUUUUCAGUUAAGUGCCUGCACCUGCUAUCCUUUCAAAUUCAAAUCCAAAUGUUUCAGUUGGGCAGUUAGGUUCCCACAAGAACCCCCACCAACUAAGGAGGUUCCUCGAUGAACCCCACCUCCUAUGGGGGUUUUGGAAGAACCUUUUGGGGGCAAUUGUCAGUGCCAAUAACCUAAGGUUCUUCAAAGAACUUUGAGGAACUUAGAAGAAUCCUUGUUGAACCCCUAAUUUUUAGAGUGUAUCACAGAUACAGAUGAGAGGUGUGGUCAGCAUUCCACUGCUCCAGUCCUCAUGGGCUGCAGUAUCUACUUUAUAUUUCUUACUUCUAAUAUGCAUCUAAUUCAGAACACAAUAGCCACCACCCCACUAACAGCUGUUGUUGAUGCGCGUAAGGUUUGUCCCUCCUCUCCCCCCCGUAGCAAGGAGCUGACGGCUGAUGCCAGGGAGCUGAAGGGAGAGCUGUACUGCCUGCCCUGCCAUGACAAGAUGGGCGUUCCCAUAUGUGGCGCCUGCAGGAGACCCAUCGAGGGCCGCGUGGUCAAUGCCAUGGGCAAGCAGUGGCACGUCGAGGUAUGAUGACAUCCCUUAUUCAAUAUGGACCUGUUCAGGAGGUUGCAAUGUUAUGGAACAUUCAGAUAAAAAUGUAUUGUAUAUGAUUAUGGUAUUUUGUAGCCAGUGAUUAUUACAAUAUUAUUAUUAUUAUUAUUAUUACAUUAUGAUCUUAGGUAUGUACUGCUUUGUCUGUCUGUCGCUGAACAACUAUUAUUUCCUAUUAUACAACAGGUGGUUUGGAAUUCCCCAUUGUUAGAACAUCACAGUAGAAAUGUAUUCAAGGGAGUUUGUAUGUGGGAUGGAUUUUAUACUAGCCUCCUCGGUUCUGUUUCUACCCUGCCCUCAUAUCAUCUCUGUGGCCAUGUUUGGACUAUCUCAGAAUGGAGGACAUCCUUCUUCUUUCUUUCCCUCUUACAUUCCUCUGUUCAUAUCUAUGCUGCCUUCUUUCCUCUCUACCCCCCCCCCCCCCCCGUAACACCAUGUAUGUGCUCUGUGUGAGCGUCCGUUUCAGAGCCACCCAUAUUACGAGUGUGGGGACCACGCCUACUGUGAAAAUCACUUUAACAUGGUGUGGGGUUAGUUAGGGUGACUGAUGGGAGACCCUUCCUGGCUGCAUUCUGUCCUGCGCUCUGUCUGGUCUGUGCUGCAUUCUGCCCCCUGGUGGACCUCCCUGGUACUCACCCCUCACAGACAAACAAGGCUCCUCCUGUUUCUGUCUGUCUGUCUGUCUGUAGGGGUGAGUGCUUCCACAGGGGGCCGCUCCUGCCCUGCUGCUGUCCUCUGAACCCACUAAUCUCAGACGGGACUGGACUGGUCUGGUCUGACUCUUAAUAGGUCGGAAAUAAACUAGACCGAUAUGGAUUAAACUGACCUGUGCUGGUCUGUUUGUACUAACCUGUUGUGUGGGGCCAUGUUGUGUGUGUUUGCAGCAUUUUGUGUGUGCUAAGUGUGAGAAGCCCUUCCUGGGCCAUCGCCACUACGAACGCAAAGGACUGGCCUACUGUGAGACUCACUACAACCAGGUAACGUAGGACCAGGCAGGCUGCACACACAGCCCAAGGGAAGAGAAGUCACACAAUCACAUCUCUACUUAGUAACUCAAUCCAAUCCAGGCACUGUAUUUUAUUUAUCUUUAAGCAAGCAUCUUGCUGUAUAUAAUGUGAAUGUGACCUCCAGUCUUGGCUAGUUUUAUGGGACCAUCUACUGGUGGAAGUACAAAUGUAGCAACAAAUGAAGACUUUGUGAAGUGAAUUGCAUGGCCCUUGUCUUGAAGAAUACAGUAAAGAGUAAAGAAAAUGUAAUAUGUAAAGUGAAUUGAGCGCCUGGCUAUUGACUCUCUCUCCUCUCCUACAGCUCUUUGGAGAUGUCUGCUACCACUGCAACCGUGUCAUUGAGGGUGAUGGUAAGAUAUUAUCACCUAACAUCAUAUACAGUAAAACAAAUAUUUAAUAUGUCAGAUUUGUCUUAUAAACGACUUAUAGCCUGGAAACCAGAAUGUCUCUGCUUUAGCCAUGUUGUCAUUGUCUUGUCAGGUACCCCGGCUAAUGUACUUGAUGUGUUUGUGUUGUGUGUUCCAGUGGUUUCAGCCCUGAACAAGGCAUGGUGUGUCAACUGCUUCGCCUGUUCCACCUGCAACACCAAGCUCACCCUCAAGUAAGUCUGACUGAGUGCUGUGUGCUGACACAUUGAAAUGAGGCUAGACUAUCUUUGGGAGUGUAGAUUUCAAUUCAAUUGAAACCUUUCUUUCUGCUCUGUGCCCACCUGAAGCAAUUGCUCUGUCCUCUUCUGUCUCUCAUAUGUCUCUACUGCUUUACCUGUUCCACUGUACCUGUGACUACCUGAUCUAUUUUCCAGCUUUUCCAUCUACCUGUGUCAUCCCUUUCUCUCUGUCCCUCUCUUUCACAUGUCCCUGUUUGUCUGUCCAUAUCCUCCUCCUCCCUCCUCUUUCUUCCUCUCUUCCUCCUCUUUCCUGGUCGUACCAGGGAUAAGUUUGUAGAGGUGGAGCUGAAGCCUGUGUGUAAACACUGCUACAAGCGCCUGCCAGACGACAUGAAGCGGCGUCUUGCCAAACGAGAAAAAGAAAAGAAGAAGAAAGUGCCCAUGUGUCUGUAAACCUCUGUCCUUCCUUUCUCCUCACUUCCACUUUCCAUUCAUUGGUUAGUUUUCAUCUCCUUUCAUUCUCUUUUUCCUGUGUUGUGCUUUUACUAUCUAUGUAUCUUUCAUCCGUCCACUCUGACAAGUCAGUUAAAGGAGGGUUUUAGACACAGAAAUAAAAUAUCUGUUAAACAUAAACUAUGAACCAUGCAUUUUUUAUUACAUCACAUUCAACAUCACUGUACUUUAUCAGUUUUAGAGUAUGAGCAAUCAACGGAAGUAGAGAUUAGCUAUAGAUCAUAAAUAAUGAUUAAUAACCUGUACAGAUUGAUAAUUGGCCUAAACUGUUAUUUGCAUCAGUGCCAGUGUUUCCCACGCAAUGUUGACCAUAUUUAGGAUCUCCGCAGGAAAUGGUUACUCAAUAUGGCCAUUCCUCAGCCAGACACACUUAGGGGAUUAACAUAAUAAUUCAGCUCUGUAAUAAUCCUGCAAUAAUCCGAACAGAAGUCCUUUUCUCUCCGAUCAGAUGGUUGAGGCUAGAGGCAUGUAGUAGGUAGUGUGUAUUUCGUCAGAUCAGUCAGAGUGUAAAGAGAAGGCUUUGUUCACCAGAUCCUGGUUUGUUUAUGGGUAAAACACUAAUCGUUUCCUGUCUCUGUGUACUGGCUGGACUGGAUGUCAGAUGUUUUAAAGGUCCCGAUGUGGUUAACAUGUGCUCUCCAUGUGGCCUCCCUGCUAAAGCCUAAACACUGUAGAGAUUAAUCUGCUCAAAGGACCUCUUUCCAGGAGCAGGAGGUAGAGGGGGAACCAUGAGGGAGAGGGAGCUGCAGGGAAUAGAAGGGGGGGGGCAGGAGAGAGCUGCAGGGAAUAGAAGGGGGGGGGCAGGAGAGAGCUGCAGGGAAUAGAAGGGGGGGCAGGAGAGAGCUGCAGGGAAUAGAAGGGGGGGGCAGGAGAGAGCUGCAGGGAAUAGAAGGGGGGCAGGAGGGUGCUGCAGGGAAUAGAAGGGGGGCAGGAGGGAGCUGCAGGGAAUAGAAGGGGGGCAGGAGAGAGCUGCAGUGAAUAGAGUGGGGGGCAGGAGAGAGCUGCAGGGAAUAGAAGGGGGGCAGGAGGGAGCUGCAGGGAAUAGAAGGGGGGCAGGAGAGAGCUGCAGGGAAUAGAAGGGGGGGCAGGAGGGAGCAGAAAGGGGAGAGAGGGAGCAGGAGGGUAGAGAGGGAGCAGGAGGGUAGAGAGGGAGCAGGAGGGAGAGAGAGGGAGCAUGAGGGUAGAGAGGGAGCAGGAGGGUAGAGAGGGAGCAGAAGGGAUAAAUAAAAGAUAAAUGAAAGUCAGAACCCUGCUCAUACAGAUUGUGUUUUUGUCUCUUCCUUACAGGAACAAGUUUGUGGAGUUUGACAUGAAGCCGGUGUGCAAGAAGUGUUACGAGAAGUUUCCUCUGGAGCUCAAGAAGAGGCUCAAGAAGCUGGCAGAGACCGUGGGCCGGAAGUAG